CGACAUCCGAACGUCCAACGUGCUCUGACAAGCCGCAACUCAACAUGGUUCGCUCCUAUCGUAGAUAUGAGCCUGGCAAUGUUUUCGGCACCGUCACCACCGCAUUUUCGAACACCGUCUGGACACCCAAUCCCUCGAGUCGCAACGCUGGCAGUGGAAAAGCCUUUGUAGGCGCAAACGAGGAAGUGCUGUGUUGGGAUGUCAAGAAAGGAGAGCUGCUAUCAAGAUGGAACGAUAAGGAUAACAGGAGUGCGGUGACGUGCAUUUCCCAAUGCGAAGUCCAGCCAGACCUGCUCGCAGUAGGACACCAAGAUGGAUCAAUACGGAUAUGGGAUUCGCUUUCUGGCCAGAUUGUCGUCAGCUUCAAUGCGCACAGGAGUGCUAUUACCCACUUGCAAUUUGAUCGCGAUGGUUCGAGACUGGCCAGUGGAAGCAGAGACACAGACAUUAUCAUAUGGAAUCUGUUAUCAGAAACAGCCGAGUUCAGGCUCAAGGGCCACAAGGACCAGAUUACAGGAAUGGCCUUUCUCCGCACAUCCCGGGCGGCGGGCAGCGUAGAUGAAGAGAACGAAGAAGAGAGGUAUCUUCUAUCUACAUCAAAGGAUGCGCUUGUCAAAAUCUGGGAUCUGUCAGCUCAGCACUGCAUCGAAACCCACGUUGCUCAGUCGAGCGGGGAGUGUUGGGCCCUAGGAAUGAGCCCUGAAGGUACUGGGUGCAUCACGGCCGGCAGAGAUGGCGAGCUUAAAGUAUGGAGUCUGGAUAUCGACGCUUUGGCUGAGCUCGGCGGCACUGUUGGAGAGACCAAGAAGUCGGAUGUGUUGCGCAGCCAGGGCAUCAUACAACGGCAGGGCAAGGACAGAACAGUUGCCGUGUCAUUUCACCCAAAGCAGGACUACAUCGCGAUACAUGGUUCCGAGGCGGCAGUGGAGCUCUUUCGGAUACGCGCAGCCGAUGAGCUACAUCGUGUGAUGCUGCGGAAGCGAAAGCGGAGAAGAGAAAAGGCUGCCGCUGCUGGCGAGACAUUGGUGCCAGAAAAGGAUGACGCUAUGGAGCAGCCAGCUGUGACAGACGUCUUUGUGCCUUAUGUGAUCAUCCGGACAAAUGAACUAAACGCCAAGGGCGAAACAGUCCGUAAAGGUGGAAAAGUUCGAUCCGCGAAUUGGAUUACGUCGGGCACAAGAACAUCGAAAAAGCUGCAGCUGCUCGUAUCGACUACAACAAAUCAGCUCGAGGUUUACGAUGUGGUAGCAUACCGCGCACGAGAAGAUAAAGCGAGCAGAGUAGCGCCCGAUUAUAAUCGGUCACUUGCUGUAGAACUGCCUGGCCACCGAACAGAUAUCCGUACACUCGCAUUAUCGUCUGACGACCGCAUGCUUGCCAGUGCAUCAGCCGGUCAAUUGAAAGUAUGGAAUCUGCGAACACAGUCAUGUCUUAGGACACUGGACUGCGGGCCGGCAUUGUGUUCUGCGUUCUUGCCUGGUGAUCGUAUGGUGCUGCUGGGCACAAAGUCUGGAGAGCUUGAAUUGUACGACAUCAGCACCAGUACAUUGGUGGAGAAGAUAAACGCGCAUGAGUCUGCGAUCUGGACUUUGGCGGUACAUCCCGAUGGCCGUUCAGUAGUCACUGGUUCAGCGGACAAGAGCGCGAAGUUUUGGAGAUUUGACGUCGUGGACGAAGAGAUACCUGGCACAAGAAGGACGACUCAAAGACUGAAGCUCUCCCAGACGCGGCAGUUGAAGGUGAACGACGAUGUACUGUGUGUGUGUUUCUCUCCCGACCAGAAAUACCUUGCGCUCAGUACUCUUGAUAACACAGUCAAGACGUUCUUCGUGGACAGCCUCAAACCUUACCAUAUUCUCUACGGUCACAAACUGCCCGUGCUCAGCAUCAGCAUCUCUAGCGACUCCAAACUCGUGGCGACAUCUUCAGCCGACAAGAAUGUCAAGAUCUGGGGCCUCGACUUUGGCGACUGCCACAAAUCGUUCUUCGCUCAUCAGGACAGCGUUAUGCAAGUCAGCUUCAUCCAACACCCUCAAGAGCAGGAUGAGAAGCACACCGUCUUCAGCGCUGGCAAAGAUGGGGUGCUCAAGUCAUGGGAUGGGGACAAGUUCGAACAGAUUCAGAAGCUUGAAGGACAUCAUGGCGAGAUCUGGGCCAUGGUCAUCAGCCGCACUGGCGAAACCGUUAUAACUGCUUCUCACGACAAGUCGAUCAGAACCUGGUCUAUCGGCGACGAUCUCAUCUUCCUCGAAGAAGAGCGGGAGCGGGAAUUGGAAGAGCAGUACGAGGCCACUCUUGCGAAAAACAUGGAUCGCGAUUUCGAGGGUGACGAAGACGCGAACGACGAAGUUGCAGCAGCAUCGAAACAAACCAUCUCUACGCUGACGCACGGCGAAAAAAUAAUGGAAGCCCUUGAAGUUGGAAUCACAGAUCUAGAUCUCAUGACGGAACAUAAUAGUCAGCGUGCCAAGAAUCCCAAGUUGGCCGCAAUACCUCAGGACCGCAAUCCAAUCUUUAUGGCUCUGGGGAAUAUCUCGGCAGAACAGCACGUCCUCAAGACACUCCAACGUGUUCCCCGUCCCGCUUUGAAUGACGCUCUCCUUGUUAUUCCUUUUUCAACUCUACCCACUCUGUUCACAUUCCUCGCGAUCAUUCUGCGGAAACACAUGGCACCCGAACUUGCUUGGACGAUAUCGCACUUCAUGCUACAAGCGCACAUGAAUCAGAUCGUGGCGAGUAAACAGCUCAAACCCCUCUUAACAGAAAUUUACGAGGCGUACGAUGCAUGGCAAGAUGAGGAAAAGCGGGUCAUUGGAUUCAAUCUUGCAGCUUUGGAGAUCAUGGCGAGGGAGUCAAGGGAGAAUGAGAAUAUCAAUGGUGGAUAUCUGGACUAUGAGAAGCUUGGCGAUACUGCGACUUUGGAGAACAACGGGAGGAAGAAAAGGGGAUUCGCUAGUCUGGCAUAG